GUGGUUGCCAUGAGCAAUGCGGAAGUGCAGGAAGCGUGUGUCCCUGAGCAGUCAUUCCUAGGGAUCAUGGAGUCUGCGGACCCACAGAGCUUGCAGGACGAGAUCAAGAGGAAGGAUGAAGAGAUUGUAUCCCUCAGAGAGAAACUUGGGGCACUUCAAAGGGCCAGGUGUCCACAUCCAGCAUCACCCAGUGCCAUAGAGAGGCUACCUGGGCUGUCAAAGGCUGAGCUCUCCAAUGCAGACAUCCUGAGAUUCAGCAGACAGCUGGUCCUGCCGGAGUUUGGAGUUAAAGGCCAGCUCAGUCUUGGAAACACCUCUGUCCUGGUGGUAGGUUGUGGGGGUUUAGGGUGCCCUCUGGCCCAAUAUUUAGCAGCUGCUGGAGUAGGGCGCCUGGGGCUCCUAGAUUAUGAUGUGGUGGAAAUGAGCAACCUUCACAGGCAGGUAUUGCAUGCUGAGAACAGGCAAGGCAUGUCCAAAUCUCUAUCCGUGGUGAAAUCCCUGCAGAAGCUGAACUCCACUGUGGAGUAUGUCCCUUAUCACAUGAUGCUUAACCCUGAAACCGCUUUGGAACUUAUUCAACUGUAUGACAUAGUUGCAGAUUGCUCUGAUAAUGUCCCUACUAGAUACUUGGUCAAUGAUGCUUGUGUUGCUGCUGGGAAACCCCUUGUAUCAGCCAGUGCCCUAAGGUGGGAUGGUCAACUUACUGUCUAUAACUAUCAAGGUGGGCCAUGUUAUAGAUGUCUUUUUCCUAACCCACCUCCACCAGAGACCAUCACAAACUGUGCUGAUGGUGGAGUACUUGGUAUUGUUCCUGGAAUAAUAGGAAGCCUGCAAGCCCUGGAGGUUCUCAAGAUAGCAUCUGGAAUACCGUCAUCGUAUAGCGGAGUGUUGCUGAUGUACAAUGCUUUGGAUGGUCGAUUCCGCAACAUCAAAAUUCGCUCUAAGAAACCGGAUUGUGUGGUGUGCAGUGAUAAUUCAGAAUAUGUUAUUCUUAAAGACUAUGAGACGUUCUGCGGCUCAUCCGCUUCAGAUAGAUGCAGAAUGUUAAAUCUGCUCUCCAGAGAAGAACGAUUAUCUGUCCAGGACUACAAGAACAUUCUUGAUAAUGGACAUCCACAUAUUCUAGUUGAUGUUCGGCCCCAGGUAGAAGUGGACAUCUGCCGCUUGCCACAUUCUGUCCAUAUACCUCUGAGUCGAAUGGAAGAGUGUAACGAUCAGUGGAUAAACAUUGUGAAGGACAACAUGGCUAAACUGAAGCAUAAAGAAAACGAGAAUGAAAAAAGUAUGGUGGUCAUGAUUUGCAAAAAUGGAAAUGACUCUCAAAAAGCUGUAAAAAUACUUCAGAAAUUAUCUCAAAAGGAAGUCGAUCUGCUUAUUGCAAAAGAUGUGCAAGGUGGCUUAAUAGCUUGGUCUAAAAUAAUUGAUCCCACUUUCCCAGAGUACUAAACAUUGCAAGUGUUUAAGGUAAACUCCAAAUCGUAGCAGAUUAAAAUCAGAAUGUCCAAAAUAGAAGAUUCUGAGAAAUUCGAUUGUAUUUACA